AUGUAUUUUGGCCCGGCCAACUUGCUGGGAACUUGCUGGUCUGGCCUGGUCUCUGAGGUGGUUUCCAGUGGCGCCACCAAGCUGUGCGAUGAAGGUUACCAGCUGGAGCCCGUGCAACCGCGCUUCUCCGGCCGCUUCCGCCGUUCUGCAUGUGGUCCCGUUUGGCAAAAAAAUUCUCACUGCAGCAGGGUUGUCGGCCAAGCUAAACUGUCAAACACCUGA